UAAUAAUAAAUUGUAUAAUUACCAGCUUAGCAAUUAAUUAUUACCCCUUUCUCUCCCACCCCUCCCCCUCUGCCCUUCCUCUGCCCCACUCAGUCUCAUACUCUCUACAUCUGCUCUCUCUCGCUCUCUUAUUCUUAUUCUAACAGAGUUCUCCCUUUUAUCGCUCGCAGUAGUAGGCUAUUGUUCCCAACUCCACCGUCUUCUUUCAAUUGCCCCUGCUUGUCUUCCCUUUUUUCUUUCUCCCCCUUCAGCUCCCCCUUCUCGCUACGGCCUUGCCUUUUUUUGUUGUUGUUACGUCCGUGGUAGAUCUGCACUUGCUUUGACUAGAUCGCUCUCGUUCUUGCUCUUCAACGACCACCAUGAAUCCCGAUGACUACCUGUUUAAGCUCCUUUUGAUUGGCGACUCAGGCGUCGGGAAGAGUUGUCUUCUUUUGCGAUUCGCGGACGACUCAUACUUGGAGAGCUACAUCAGCACAAUCGGAGUUGAUUUCAAAAUCCGGACAGUGGAGUUGGACGGGAAAACCAUUAAGCUACAAAUCUGGGAUACCGCUGGUCAAGAAAGAUUCAGGACAAUCACGAGCAGCUAUUACCGUGGUGCCCAUGGGAUAAUUAUUGUGUACGAUGUUACGGAUCAGGAAAGUUUUAACAAUGUAAAGCAAUGGUUGAAUGAAAUCGAUCGUUAUGCAAGUGAGAACGUGAAUAAGCUGCUUGUGGGCAACAAGUCCGAUCUUGCAUCCAAGAAGGUGGUGGACUACGCAACUGCGAAGGCUUUUGCUGAUGAGAUUGGAAUUCCCUUCUUGGAAACUAGCGCCAAGAAUGCGACUAACGUGGAGCAGGCUUUUAUGACAAUGGCUGCCGAGAUUAAAAAUAGGAUGGCAAGUCAACCUGCAUUAAGCAGUACGAGCAGGCCAAACAAUGUGCAAUUGCGUGGACAGACCAUCCUUCCGAAAGGGGGUUGUUGCUCUUAGGUCAUUUUUCUCUUUGGCGUUGUGUAGGAAAUACAGUGCUUUAUUAUUGGGCAUUGUUUAUCUGCCUUAGAAGCUAAGCUACUCCAUGGCUGUCCCUUAGAGCCUCAUGCAUGGCCAAUUUCUGUCGUGGCGGUAGUUUGUCGUGGAGAAUCACGGGUGUUUCUUGUCUGUAUAGGAGACAGGAAUACUGAUUUUUUACUGUAUCUUCAUUUGCUGGACUAGCUGAAACAUUUGGUGUGGGUAUUCAGUUGUCUUCCUUGGCAAGGUUGGAAUGUUGGGAGAGGAUGUAUGUAGGUAGACACAGUCAUUUCCAUAUCCCCGACCAUGGUAAAGUGGGAACAGCAGGAGGGUGCAUUUGCACCUUCUCUUGCUUAAAUCAAGCUGAUGUCUGCUGUCUGGACAGGAAAAGCUUGCCAUUCAUCUUGGAGGCAAAAAACAUCAAUUUAAUUGUCAUUGAAUCACA